UUUAGUCCGUUGUACGCGUUGCGAUUUUGUUUGGGUUUUUGAUUUACUCGCGCAAAGUGAGCGAUUUUCUCAUAUUUUCCACACAUUUUCCCACCAGUGUACAUUGCCAAAGUGCCCGGGAAGACUUUCCUCACGUGCCUGGUGUGCAGGACAAUGGGUGGAUGAGCUGAAAAGUGGAGAAAAGUGCAUUUUAUUUUCGGGUGUGUCUCGCAAAUUGGGAAGACGUGACAUGUUUGUACUUGCCCGCAGCACCGCUUGAGGGCACCACCAGCACACGGGGGCUUUGCAACAACAACAACAACAACCAACAUCCGCUGUUUGGCUGUGCCUCACUCACAUCAGUCUGAGCCAAGGCAGCAAUCGCGUGUGACCGUCUCUCUGCUGCAAAUUCCAUCACCGUGUUUUUGUUCUCUGACACUUUAAAGAUCUCUGUGUCCAGAGUUCUGCCUCUCUGGGGGAUGCUUCUCUGUGCCUGAGAACUUCCACUCACCAUCGCACGAAGGGAAUGCCACGCGAGUGAAUGCGUCGUGCGUGAUUACAGAGGGAAGACCAAGUGUUUGGCUCUUGUGAGUGAGUUUGUGUGCCAAAAAGAAAUAAACGAGGUGCUGUCCGGAAGUUGAGGGAUUUGUGCCAGUGUGCCAGAGAACCUCUGUGUGUUUGUUUGUGAAGGAAGCCAGAGUGUUUGUGUCUUGCUUCCUUCCCGGAGGGAAAAAGUGGUGGACGCGCGUGUUGUGUGAACGCGUGAACCAUGUUCAAGUGCAUUCCAAUCUUCAAGGGCUGCAAUCGGCAGGUGGAAUAUGUCGAUAAGCGCCAUUGUUCGCUACCCAAUGUCCCGGAGGAGAUUCUCCGGUACUCCCGGAGCCUCGAGGAGCUCCUACUUGAUGCCAAUCACAUCAAGGAUCUGCCCAAGAACUUCUUUCGGCUGCAUCGACUGAGAAAAUUGGGCUUGAGUGAUAAUGAAAUUCACAAAUUACCACCGGAUAUACAAAAUUUUGAAAAUUUAGUGGAAUUAGAUGUUUCCAGAAAUGAUAUACCGGACAUUCCUGAUGAUAUCAAACACCUUCGAAGUUUACAGGUAGCUGACUUCAGUUCGAAUCCAAUUCCACGAUUGCCCGCCGGCUUUUCGCAGUUGAAAAGCUUAACAGUAUUAGGUCUCAAUGAUAUGUCGUUGACAUCAUUGCCAGCCGAUUUUGGAAGUUUAUCGCAACUGGAAUCGCUGGAACUGCGGGAGAAUCUUCUUAAGAGUCUGCCGGAGUCGAUAAGUCAAUUAACAAAAUUGGAACGACUGGAUUUGGGUGAUAAUGAAAUUGAGCACUUACCCUCGCAUUUGGGUCACUUACCAUCACUGCAGGAACUGUGGUUGGAUCACAAUCAAUUACAAAAACUUCCGCCAGAUAUUGGGCUUCUCAAGAAUUUGGUGUGCCUUGAUGUUUCGGAAAAUAGAUUGGAGGAGCUGCCCGAGGAAAUUGGUGGUUUGGAAAAUUUAACAGACUUGCACUUGUCGCAGAAUCUACUGGAGACCCUCCCUGAUGGGGUUUCACACUUGACCAAAUUGACAAUAUUGAAACUAGACCAGAAUCGAUUACACACGCUGAAUGAAUCCAUUGGAACAUGUGUUAGCAUGCAGGAGCUAAUACUGACGGAAAACUUUCUAAUGGAAUUGCCCAAAUCAAUUGGGAACAUGACCAAAUUGAAUAAUUUGAAUGUGGAUCGCAAUGCACUCACGGAAUUGCCGGUGGAGAUUGGCAAUUGCGUGGCAAUGGGUGUACUUAGCUUGAGGGAUAACAAACUCACGAAGCUACCAUCAGAAUUGGGCAAUUGCCUGCAGCUUCAUGUGUUGGAUGUAUCGGGGAAUCGUCUAAACUAUUUACCCUAUUCAUUGGUGAAUUUGCAACUGAAAGCUGUAUGGCUGUCAGAAAAUCAAGCACAAUCCUUGCUUACAUUUCAACCAGACACCGAUGAGGCAACGGGUGAACAGGUUUUAACGUGCUUCCUACUUCCUCAGCAAGAAUAUCAGCCACUUAGCCCGGAAAUGGUCAGUGGCAGACUGUACAGAUCGAACCAAAGAUUCAGUUCUAUGGACCUAUCAAUGAUUCAAGAUAAUCACAAUGAUACGGAUUCUGAAGGUUGGGAAGAACGUGAAGCAUCUCGUACGCAUUCCGUGAAAUUCUCUGAAGACUCCGUGACGGAUAAAGAGCAGACACCAUUUGUGCGGCAGAAUACGCCACAUCCGAAGGAGUUGAAAAUGAAGGCGCACAAAUUAUUUGCAAAAGAAAAGAGUAAAACCGAAGACACAAUCGGUUUGGAUACACUAUCGGAGGAAUCAUCGUCAAAGCCGUCGUCUGUGAAGACGGUUAUUGAAUCGGGAACAAUGGAUAAUAUAGCUGAGACACAGGCAGACCCUGGUUCCCUACUGCCAUCUAGUGGUGCUCCAUACAGUGUGGCGGCAGUUCAAAGUGCAAGUCAGGAACCCCUUGAAGUGCCCCACAAUGUGUCUGUUGAAGAGGAGCACCAUGCGGUGCCCUUGGGUGAUAGCAAUGUCGUGGGGCUACCCAAUCCCCCAGGUGAUCCGGCAGAAGAUGCCGAAAUGGAGGAUAGACGCGUGGGUUUCACGAUAAAUCCGGAAAAUGCGGAAAAUUACGAUGAUGACAAUUUCCCAGAUCAAGAUGAUCUCAUAAAACGCCCCCUGAGACUCCAUCGAAGGGACACACCGCACCAUCUUAAGAAUAAACGUGUCCAACAUGGGCUAAAUGAGAAACAAGCCAAUCUCAUCAUUGCCAAUGCGCUAAAGAUGAAGGAGAAAACACUUCAGGAGCCGAUUGUACAGCACAGGAUUGAGAAUAUUGUGCAAGAGGAGCCAGAUGACAGCAAAGCUGAAGAAGAUGCCGCAGAUGGGAUUACGGAGUUACGCGAGGAGCGCUAUGAAAUUCACAUUGAGCGCACUUCAGCGGGUUUGGGGCUGAGUAUAGCCGGUGGGAAAGGUAGUACACCAUUCAAGGGUGACGAUGAGGGAAUUUUCAUAUCACGCGUCACAGAGGGUGGCCCCGCGGAUCUUGCGGGGCUCCGUGUGGGCGAUAAGGUGCUCAAAGUCAAUGGGAUCUCAGUGGAGGCAGCUGAUCACUAUGAAGCUGUUGAGAUUCUCAAGGCAUGUGGCUCAGUAUUGGUGCUCUUUGUUUCACGGGAGGUAACACGAUUAAUUGGGCAUCCGGUGUUCAGUGAUGAUGGUUCUGUGUCGCAAAUUUCCAUUGACAAUCGCACAAUGGAUCAGUUGCCGCCGCUUACAGAGCAGCAGCCGCAACAGAAAUUUAUUCCACCACCAAUUCAAAUUAAUCCCCAACACAAUGAAGCUGCAGGUGUGCAGACUGCUACGGGGUAUCCUCAUGGGGUGACAUCACCACCCCUACUGAGUGCCACAACCCCAAAUGGGGUACUUGAGAAUGGUGGAAGGGAUAUUGUGCACAAGAUCACGCUUCAUACGACAUUUAUUCGGGAACAAAUUGGUCAGGGUUUGGGAUUCAGUAUUGCCGGUGGGAGGGGAUCUCCGCCGUAUAAAGAUGGUUCCGAUGGAAUUUACAUAUCGAGGAUUACAGAGGGUGGAUUGGCGCACAAAGAUGGGAAGAUCAUGAUCGGUGAUCGAGUAUUAGCGAUUAAUGGUGUUGAUAUGACAACAGCGCACCACGACUAUGCCGUUCAAUUACUUACGGAUACCCAGAGAUUUGUAAGAUUGGUAAUUCAGAGAGAAGUUAGGGGUCCUCUGGAACCUCCUCAAAGUCCACGAAGCCCAUCGGUGCUAAAGGGUUUAAGUCCAACGGGUUAUAUGGCAAACAGACCAACCUAUUCGGGAUAUCGGCGAUCACUUGAUGGCAAUGAGGCAAUCAAGACAGCCGUUCAGACGCACACAGUGCCACAAGUGCAGGGUGUACCACCCAAAACGAAUGGAAUUGAUACGGUGGUACCAGCUCCACAGCCGGCGCCACGUCGUCUCGGUUCACAGAGUUCGCAAAGUGUGCCAAAUGGGGCACCGAAUGGCCCACAGUCGGGUGAUGAAGAACCACAGGUACCACAUACACCACGUCCAUUGACGAGUGAAGAUUUUCAAGCAAUGAUCCCGGCCCAUUUUAUCAGUGGAGGCGCCCCGGCCCAUGUUGAAGUAAUUGAAAAUGAGCAUGGGCCAACGGUGACGGUGACGGUGAAAAAGGGCAUCCCGGAUAUGCCAAUGCUCCCGCCGGCGCCCACAGAAUUGGGCAAAGUCACUGAAACUAUUACAAAGUCAACAUUCACGGAGACUGUCAUGACACGGGUCACAGACAAUCGUUUAGCUGAGCCACUCAUCAGUGAGGACGUGAAGCUGCCCAAGAAUCAGGGUUCUCUGGGAUUCAGCAUAAUUGGCGGAACUGAUCAUUCCUGCGUUCCAUUUGGAGCUCAUGAACCUGGAAUAUUUAUUUCACACGUUGUUCCUGGCGGGAUUGCCUCUCAAUCGGGCAAGAUCCGAAUGGGUGAUAGGAUACUGAAAGUCAAUGGGACAGAUGUUACGCAAGCGACGCACCAGGAAGCCGUAAUGGAGCUCCUACGUCCUGGGGAUGAAAUUAUCCUUACAAUUCAACAUGAUCCACUUCCAAUUGGCUUCCAGCAAAUAAUCUUGGUGAAGGCCGAAGGUGAACGUUUAGGGAUGCACAUUAAGGGUGGCAUGAAUGGUCAGAAAGGGAAUCCCCUUGAUCCAUCAGAUGAGGGUGUCUUUGUCUCCAAAAUCAAUUCCAGUGGUGCUGCAAGGCGAGAUGGUCGAUUAAAGGUUGGAAUGAGAAUUCUGGAAGUGAAUGGUACUUCCCUGCUUGGAGCUUCUCAUCAGGAGGCCGUUGAUUCAUUGAGAGCGGCUGGCAAUGAGCUUUACUUGAUUGUCUGCAAGGGUUACGAUAAAUCCGCCUUGAUUCACGGGGUUGGUAUGACAGGUAGUACAGGGAGGCGUUUGGGAUCGAGAGCAUCGGAAACGGGCUCUGAAUUGAGUCAGAGUAUUUCCAGUUUAGAUCGUGAAGAUGAGGAUUUAGCAUCACAGCAGCAAAAUCUUGUUGAUUCUGAAGUAUUCAGUGAUACAAUUGAGAAGAUAAAAUCCCUGCAGGUUGCGGAGGUGGAGGAUAAAUCUCAACCACCCAAUGAAUUGGCGCUCGUGAAUUCAACACCAAGUGAUUUGGUAUUGAUGAAGGAGAAGAGUACCCCUGAAAAGGUUCUGGAUAUUGUACGAGCAGCUGAAUCCCUGGCACUUGGUGGGAAUGCUGAUGUACCGCCUGAAGUGCAAAUUGAAGCUCAUCACGAUGACAAGAAGCAGAAGACCACAACUAUUGUCAUGUCAAAGCACACACUUGACACACAACCACAGGUCGAAGGUCAACGGAGGCAAAUGCUUAAGAAUGUUAACAGUGUCGAGGGAAGGCCUCGAACGCCUUCUGUUUCAGAUGAUCCCAGCAGUGGGCAGGGAAGGCAGCAGCCACCCGUUGCUGCGAGGAGGGACUCUGUUGAGGCCACCCUUGAUGAUGUGAGUGAUGAGAGUGAGGGGGAGAUGUAUGAGAAACCCCUUCCGGGAGCAAGGAAGCAAUUUAAGCCAACAGUUGUGGAUGUUAGGCUCAGUGAGGAAGAGCAAGAGAAGGAGCCAAAAGGAAGCUAUCAGAGGGCACAGAAUGUCCAAGAAAUCAAGCAAAUUGAAAGGACUAAGAAUGUCCAACAAACUAGGAAUGUUCAAGAACCCAGAAGAGUUCAAGAAACUAAAUUUGAUCAUGAAACAAACGUUGAGCCAAAAGUCAUUCAUAGAGGUGAAUCAGAUCGAAGUUCCGUGAGCUCCUACCGUGGUGGGGAUAGUCAGAGGAAAUCCGUGAGUUUUGAUUUGAGUGAGAAUAGCAGCGAGGAAGCUCCGGAGACUCCAGUUUACCAUCGUCCUGUUACUCCGAGAUACCCUAAAGUUGAUCUAAAUCGUGGCGUGGAGUCAGAUGAGAAUGUCUUCAGCUAUGAGAGCGAUGAGAUCACGCGGGUGGAACAGAAGGCAUCGGAAAAGCCCAAAAGACGGGGAAUUUUGCGAUCACCCAGCCCAAGGGUUGAAUCCCCACGAUCCACGCUUGAGAGGCAGACGGAGAAGGUGGUGCAAAAGGAAGCUCUGAGGGAGCAUGAAGAGCCGGAUGAGAGGGAAUUUGAACGGGAGAAUCCCUUCCGGAAGGAGGCUCUAGCAGCAAAGAGGCUUUCAGAUAAGUUCAAGGAGUACUCGAAGAUCCCCCGUGGUGGGGAUUCGGGAUCCGACAGUGAGGACAGGACGCGCCCAAUCUCCGAAUAUGGCUACGAUCACGACUACACGUGGACUUUCAAGCAUAUUCAGAAGGAAUUUGAGGAUAUUUCGCAGUCAAAUGAGAACCUAAGUCGACCAACGAAGAUUCCCAUUAAGAAGCCAAUUCUGUACAAAUCAACAUCCAGUCUACCUGAUCGUCCACGUGGGAAGCCCCCCAUUCCACCGAAGCCACCAGUUCACGUCAAACAAGCGGAUCUGGUGAAGAAUGACGCCCUGCAGCGUCUCUCCAUGGAACACGGGGACUUUGUGGAGUUCCAGCAUGAUGCUGCAACCAAUGCCAUCCGUGAGAUUCCACGUCCCUUCAGCCCAGACACUCCACUCCCACCUGUUCCGCAGCAGGUGCCCUAUAAGCGUGUAGCAAGUGUCGAACGGCCCACAUGUCGGCCACCUCCACCCCCAGUUAAGUCUCCGCAAUUUGAAGUAAUUCCCGCCAAAUACGACGUCCUUCCGUCACCGAAAACCCCUGAAUUUGUUCACGAGAACUCCCCGGAUAACAUUCUCGUCACCGAGGAUGUGCACAGGAACAUCCUCCUGGAGGAGAAUGAAAUCCGCAAGGCAAUGCAAUCAGAUGAUGCAAAUAACAAUCGCCAGAAUCCCUUCCUGAGUGAUUCAGAUUCAGACAUUACGGCAACUUCAGCAGCUGACCUCCAGCACCAUCCAGGAGGGAUCUUGUCGCCAAAUCACAUCUUCCCACCACCACAGAUACUUCCGGUGCACUAUUCGCAGCUGCCAAUGCCACAGCAACCGGGCUACUACAUUCAGUACACGGCACCAGGACCGGCGCCGUAUGUGUCACCACCGGCAUCCGCAAAGACGCCCAAAACUGUGUCCGAUAAGAAGAGAUUCUUCGAGAAUGCGAUGGAGGAUCAGCAGAAGGCUGUUGCAAAACCAGACAAAGUCUUCACAUUCCUUUCGAAAGACGAAGUGGAGAAACUGAAACAAGAGGAAGAGAAGAAAAUUGCCACAAUGAGUCGAGAGAAGCCAAAACUCAGUGAAUCAGACGACGUUGACGACACCCCCGAAGAUGAUGAUGAUGCCUACAAUUCCAGAUGUAGCAGUUCACCAUCGCAACCAUCAUCCCUUACAUUUGUCGCCACCGCAUCUUCACCGUCCCCCGAAGCACCCAAGACACCCCAGAGUCGCAUCCCCAUUCGAACGGCCAAUGCCGAACGACGUGCAAGGGAGGCUGGUCAUCGGGACACCGAAGACGAGAGCCAAUUGAGCCCGGCGGAAUUAAAGGCUCUAAGGGCUGAGAGAAGGCGCGAGUGGCGUCAGGCUAGACUGAAAUCCCUGGAGCAGGAUGCAAUGCAAAUUCAGAGCAUAAUUCAAGCACAAAAUGUUGUUAAUGAAUCAAAUUUGCGGCAGCUGAAGGAGGACAGAAGCAAUAAAAAUGAGUCUUUAGUUUUUCCUCGUAUUGCUGUCAAGUCGCGUCCUGGUGCUUUGGUCGUCCGCGAAAAGGAAAAAGUUCUCGAUGAGAAGAUAACCCGUCGUACCGAAGAAGUUCCUUGUCCAAUAACUGGGGAACCACAAAUCAGAACUGUUGAAUAUAUUGAAAAGCUCAUCGAAACUGAGGUGGAGACGUGUCAGGAGAAGAUAAUUUCGAUAGAACUGCAGGAUCCCACGAGGACACCCGUUGUAACACCCUCAGAUGAGGACAAUCCCUCCAUUGUGACGGUUCAGUGUCAUCCCGAUGGGGCAUCGGGACCCAUUGAGUUUGUUAUGCGACCGGGCUUUGAUGCUGCCGACGGUCGGUUGCAGUACGUGCCGAUGCAGACAAUUGUUGAGGUGGUUAAUCCCAUUCUUGGAGGUGCAGGGACCGCACAUACCAUCACUGUGGGCCGAUCGAGUGACGACUACCCAUCCUUUGACGAGGAGACGGCGGAAUUUGAGGCGAAUGAGCGGUACGAGUUGAGUUUGAGUGAUAAAAUGAAGAAUGUGCUGCAGGAAUUGCUGGAGAAUGAGAAGGUGAAGCUCAAUAGGUCACGAAGUAUGACGGAGAGUGAUAAUGAGAAUCAUGCUGAGGAGGAGGAGGAUGAAUCCGAAGGGACAACGGAAUUUGAUUCCGUCUUCAGGGAUCACCAGGGCAAUGCUCACUACGGGAAUGGCUACCAGGGUGGCGCACUAAGUGAUCUCGAUCGAGAGAAUUCCAAUCGUCUAGAUCAGUGUCAAGUCAUCAGCAAUCCCAAUGCCCAAGAUGACGAAGACACCACGCAGCAGGUGCAAAAGGAAGAUGUCGAUGAGGAACUGAAGGAGCGUCUCCUGUCCCAACUCAACGUUGACAAUGCUGCAACUGAUGAGGCAGCCAUUGAGGAGGAUGAGAUUGUGGCAAAUGUCCAGGAUAGUGGACUUCCUGCGCCGCGCGUAGGUUUCACAUCACGAAUGGGUUCAAUGAUUCCGAUAGCCAAAAGAAAGGUCUAAUUUAGAUAAUUAACACUAAAUGGACCCACCACACCUUUCCUCCAUGCACGCUCCAGAUGAAUCAGGUGCAAAAAAACAACUCUCAGUUAGCUCCCUUAGGUCUUGCACCCUCGUAGAGAAAUCCUUCUUCCUCCUCCACUUUAUUUCUUAUCCCAAUUUAAUUAUUAAAUAGAGUAGGUAUAGGGAGGGUUUGAAAGGGAUGAGAAGAGAUGCGGGAGAAGCACGUGUGUUUGUAUUGAAAAACAUUCCGGGAUUUUCUUUUGGUGACUAAAAAAAAAGAAGGAAAAGAAAAAUAUUAAAUUUUCUCGCUCAUCUCUCAACCACCUCCCCCAACUCCUAAUUGCAAUUUAAUUCUCCCCCCAAAAUAGGAAGUAAUUUAAUUAAUUUUCCCUUCUCGAUUUUUUUGUGUAACACAGAUUAGAUUUAGAUGGAUAAUCUUUUGAGUAGACGCAGAGAUAUUAAAUUAGAAAUUAAAAUUUAAUUUUUAGUAAUUGUAUUAAGAUUUAGAAGACUAUUAUUGACGUGAGAUAGUUGUUUAGACUACAAUCCCUUAUUACAACUGAUAAAAAAUAAAUAGGAUGAAAUAUAAAAUAAUUGUACUAAAAUUAAUAAAA